CAGGCUCUGUACUCACUACAGUACUGUAUCAAGACAUGGAUUGGGACCAGUUUGACAUGAACCCCAAAGUGAUAGCUGCUGUUAAGAAAGCUAAUAUAAAAUCAAUAAAAGAGAUUUUGAAUCUUUCUGGAGCAGACUUGCAAAGGCUGACAAAACUGUCCAGUAUGGAUGUACAGUGCUUACUGAAAACAGUCUCUGGUACACUGAGGAAAAGCUGUGUGCUUACAGCACUUCAGCUGUACCAAGACAAAGAUCACUGCACAUCCCAACACCAGAAACUAAGCCUGGGUUGCUCAGUACUAGAUAGCUUGUUAAGAGGUGGCAUUCCUGUGGUGGGGAUCACAGAGCUUGCUGGUGAGAGCUCUGCUGGGAAGACUCAGAUUAGUUUGCAGCUGUGCCUUUCUGUGCAGUAUCCUUAUGAAUAUGGAGGAUUAGAAUCUGGUGCUGUCUACAUUUGCACAGAAGAUGUUUUCCCAAAUAAACGCUUGCAGCAACUGAUUGAUCAACAACAUACAUUUAGGGCAGAUGUUCCACUUGAUGUCAUACAGAGAAUAAAAUUUGGAAACAGUGUUUUCAUUGAGCAUGCCGCAGACCUUGACACCUUCUACAACUGCAUUGCUAAAAGGAUUACCUUACUGCUCUUGAGAGGCGUGGUGCGUUUGGUGGUCAUUGAUUCUAUGGCUGCUUUGUUUCGAUGUGAAUUUGGAGCAAAAGAUUCUGUUAUGAAAGCCAGAUAUCUGCAGACAUUUGGAGCAAAACUUCACAGUUUAAGCAGUCGAUUCAGAACUCCAAUACUGUGCAUUAAUCAGGUAACUGAUGCAGUGGAUGAGACAGAUGUUGCUCAGAGCAAUUUUGGCUUAUUGGAUAAGAAAGUUUCUCCAGCACUUGGGCUAACCUGGUCCAAUCAACUGUUGAUGAGAUUGAUGGCCAGUCGAAUAACACAAUCAGAACAGUCACCUGGAGGUGCAUUACAGCAUACUGGAAGUGUUUUGAGGACUUUAAGUGUGGUUUUUGCUCCUCAUCUCCCUCUGUCCUUUUGCUGCUAUGCAGUAAAUUUGGAAGGUGUGAAAGGUGUAAAAGUGAAAACCCCACUGUGAAAAUGUUACAUAUCUAUCGACUCCAAAGAUAGAUAUAAAUGAUUGUGAAUCAAGAAGCCAUUGGCCUAUUUUUUUCCAUCUAUAGAAAAAAAGAUGCCUAACCAUGUAUAUGAAAAAUGUUGCUUGGACAAUACACUUUUAUAACCAUACUCUGCAAAAAUACAGAA